AUGGACAAAAAUGGGCUGCUUUACAGCCAAUUUCUGGACCUGGUGACAGUCAGCGAUGGCAGAGCUGACACCAUAGUCAAGGCAAUAAGAACGAUCCUCACAAAAAAGAACAUUCCCACCCAGAGGAUUUAUGGCCUGGGGACAGAUGGAGCAGCUGUCAUGACUGGGAGAGUGAAUGGAGUGGCCAAGCAGCUACAGGACACCUUCCCAUGGAUGGUGUCGGUUGCAUGUGCCGCACACCGCCUCGCCCUGUGCUGCAAGGACGCCUCAUUAGGAGUGGCUUACAUGAACUCCUUCAGGGACCUUCUACAGCAGCUACACCUGUACUUCAGGAACAGUGUGAAUCGCACAGCUGUACUCCAGGCUUCAGCAGAGUGCUUGGGCCUGGAUAACUUGAAAGUGAAGCGGAACCUGACCGCUGUCCUAGCAGCCUUGGCUGAGGAGACGGAGCAUAAGAAAUGCCCAACAGCCAAGGGGUUGUAUGGCUUUCUGGCUGCCUACAGCUUUGUGGCGUCGGUCCACCUGCAAGCAGAUGUGCUGCCACAUAUCAGCAGGCUGUCAAGGCUGUUCCAGAAGGAAAAUGUCAACUUCCUUGCUCUGAAAGUGCAAGUCCCUGUGACAAUGGCCUGCCUCCGAGCAAUUAAAGAUGCUGGAGACCAUCAGCCACCAGGGUCUUUCCUUUCAAAGCUCCAUGCAGACCUGGACAACCCUGCAGGACUUGGGGCUUACAGUAUUGUCCAUGAGGAGGAGAGGAACAAGAGAGGGACAAGAAAGCGACUGACCAGGGAAGAGCUCUGGGGCCGGUUCAGGAGCCAGGUGAUGGAUCCAUAUUUCGAUGGCCUGCUGGGGAGCCUGGAGAGGAGGUUCCAGAAUCUGGACCUUUUAGGGGCCUUCCAUGUGCUGAGCCCUCAGGCAGCAACUGGAGAUGAGGCCAUUUACGUAGCCAAUUUGCAGCUCCUUGCCGGCAAAUUUCUACAGGCUGACUGUAAUGAGGUGCUGCAGGAAUGGUCCUCUUUUAAACAGCAGCUGAUAGUUGGGCCAUUCAAGGACUUGGAUCAGCAGCAGGUGAUGCAGGAACUGUCAUCAGAGGUGGGUGAAUGGGGGCUGCUUUACCCAUCUCUGAGCAAGCUGGCUGCCAUUGGCCUGGCCAUCCCAGUUUCCAGUGUAAACUGUGAGAGGGAUUUCUCAACAUUGAACCGGGUGAAGACUGACUUGAGAAAUCACUUGCAGGGGGAACACCUUGCCACCUGUAUGCGAUUGAGCAUCAAUGGCCCCCCAACCAGAGACUUUCCCUUUAGGAGAGCCUUAGAGCUAUUCUUUAAGACCCCCAGAAAAAUAAAGUGCUCUCAGGCAGGAUGCCAACUGUGCCAUCAUCACUAAAUCGAAUCAAGUCAAGUCAUUUUAUGUAUAGAGCAUAACAAAAACAUAUAUGGAUCAAGAAACAAGGCAGGACAAAUGAUAUAUGAGAGAAAAACUAAGGAAGUAAACCCCUUGGCAGAACCCAAGAUAUUCAAGUCACUGGGGCAGUGGAACGAAGUGGAGACAUUUGGCACAUUCAUUACUACUGUAGGUGCCAUGCUCUUUUGA